AUGUCUGCAACGGCAAAGCCAAAGCUGCCCGUCACGGUCGACAAGCCCACGCCAUACACCUUCGACCUCGGCCUCCUGCUGGCCACAGACCCCAACCCCCUCGAGCUCGACCACGACGACCUCGAGGCCAGCCUCGCCGCCGUGGCGCGCGACGGCGCCCAGGCCCUGGUGAACCAGCUGCUGACGACGUGCCCCAUAACCUCGUCCAAGACGGACGGCGUGCUCCUGUCGCUGCCGCCCGCGUCGACGCCCCUCCCGCGCGAGAAGCCCCUCCCGGCCCCCAAGGCCCCGACCAAGUGGGAGCAGUUCGCCGCGCGCAAGGGCAUCAAGCCCAAGACCAAGGAGCAGCGCCAGAACCUGCGCUACAACGAGGACAAGGGCGAGUGGGAGAAGAAGUGGGGGUGGAAGGGCCCCAAGGACAGGUCCGACGGCAAGGUCCCGGACGACUGGAUCGUCGAGGUCGACACGGCCAAGGAGUCCAAGCUCAAGGAGGGGGAGACGGUGCGCGGGGAGUCGCGCCGCGAGAGGAAGGAGAAGGUGCGCCGGAACGAGAGGAAGAUGCGCAGCAACGCCCGUCACUCGGCAAAGUAG